AUGUCUUUUCAUGAAUUCACCAUUCACGUACGAACCUCGACCAAGAUCUUCUCCGGCACCGACGAUGAUGUUUUUAUCGAUAUUAUUGGCGAGUCAGCACAGACCGGAUGGACGAAGCUAGACAAUCCCUACAAAAACGACUUCGAGAGAGGCAAUACUGACAAGUUCAAGCUUUAUUUCACGGACUUAGGAACAAUAAAUGCAGUUCGUUUGAAAAAGAACGGGCGCGAUGACUGGAGAGUCCAUUCUGUUCAGAUUGAUACAACUGGUGGUGGAAAAAUGCGCAAGUAUUUGUUCAAGCCAAGAGUGAAAAAGAUAAAGAAAAAAAUUAAACUUCCGAAAGCUUUUUCGACUCCGGAGAUCAGUUCAAUGAUGUAA